AUGGAAACACCAAGGAAUCGAAAGCAGCGUCGUGCAGCGGCUGGAUCUUCUAAAAACGACGAACCCGAAAUAGCGAUGGCCCAUCCCCAUCGCAAUGAUCCGACCAAAAACAAACCAACAGUCGAGCGCACAUUAUAUGACAUCAUCGCAGAGCGACAAGGCGCACUUCAUCAAAGGGGAGGAUCAAUUCCAGCUUCGGUGGAAGGACAAGGCAUACCGUCGCAGUCAGGGGGAACCCGAUUCGUGACAGUCGACGCGUCUGGGCAAUUGGUCGACACCGACGGCGACAUCAGCAGCCAUCUCUCAUCCAAUGCCUCCCAAAAGAAGACCAAGAAUAGUCAACAGGGUACAAAUGAUAAUACUGUCAAGAAAUCCGACUCCGAAUCGGAACCCGACAAACCUCUUCCGCCAUUCCUCGACACAAUCCUUCUUUCCAUGCCUCUCACAACCCUCCACCUCACCCUAGGCUACCUCGCAGCCCACCAAUACGCCGAAAGAAUCGACCUGCCAAGUCUCUUGAAAGAAUCCGUGACAACCGCCUUCCCUCUCCUCACUUUAUUCGUCCACCUCGCACACGGUCAUAUCGUCUCCUUCACAAAGCGCAGCUCAAAGGAUGCAAAGGCAGAGCCUGCUCCUAUUUCUUUAUUCCCAUUGACAAGUGAUAAAUUCACAUUUUCAUUCUUACGAAAGCUGGUUUUCCCACCUGCUCCGCGGACUUUGGUCUUUCUUCCUCUUGCUCUGCUGCUGGGCGCGCAUCUUAUCGCUAUCACGAAUGGAGAGCCGUAUUAUGCGGUUAUGAAGAAGGCGCCUGCUGUUGGGACUAUUUGGAUUUGGUGCAUUCUGGAGUUGUCGGUUGGGGCAGCUGUUCUUGGGGCGCUGGCACCUUUGGUUUGGGGUGUGUGGUGGAUGGGGUAUGGUAUUAUUUGA